GCGCGCGAGGACGCGCGCGGUGCGAGGACGCGCGCGCGCGCGAGGAUCUCGUCGAAAGACCCCUGGUGGGAGAAGGGCGGCGGAGAAAACAUGAUCGAGUGCGACGACACGAUGGCGUUCCUGGGCGUGCUGAACGAACACAGCGAUAAACUGGUCGUCGUGGACGUGUACGCGCGAUGGUGCGGGGCGUGCCGAGCGCUGUAUCCAAAGCUGUGUAAAAUCGCGGCCGAGUACCCGGACGUCGUCUUCGUGAAGGUGAACUUCGACGCGAAUAAGGAUCUGUGCAAAUCGCUGGGGGUGAAGGUGCUGCCGUAUUUUAAGUUUUAUCGCGGCACCGAAGGGUGCGUGGCGCAGUUCUCGGCGUCGAUCGCGAAGAUUAAGAUUUUACGCGCGGCGCUCAACGAACACUCC